AUGGAUCAGUUUGUUUAUGAUCCAGAUAGGUCCAUAUGGGACGGGCCUCCAGAUGAUUCUCCACCUGUUGUCAGCAAUCAUCGACCAUUAGAUGCCGCAAUUGACCAACUUUGCCGAAAGAACAAGACACUGGAAGAACACAAUACUGUACUUGCGAGAGAAAAUGCCAGUCUUAAAAACCUUCUCGCCGCCCACAACAUUGCCUGGCCAGCCAACAAAAAUUUGAGCACGAUCGCUGCAUCAAAUCCUUCAACUACGAGGUCGAAUCCCGAGCUACCACUCGAAGUGAAGCUUCGCAUUAUACGCUUUGCUUUGCAGCUAGCACAUCCAAUAAUUGACCCUGGUGUCAAACUAUUGAAGUCCAAUAUCACUGAUGUGGAACAUGCUGAGCAAAAAAAGCUCCCUGUUCAAUUAUUGCGACUAUCUAAAUUCUUUUAUAAGAAGGGAGAGAGAUCCUUCUUUGUGGACAACAGAUUCAUCUUCACUCAAGUCUCAUCUUUGAAGUGGUUCGUCAGCACACACCCCAGAUCCUGUGCCCAGUUGCAACAUUUAGAGUUACGGAUUGUUGGCAAAUACUACGACGACCAAGGUUCUAACAAAAUUGUCACACUGAGCUUUGACCAGCGAAUUGAACGUUGGUACGCGGUUAAACUUAUAAAGCGUAUUCCAAGCAUCAAUCUCAGCUGGACAGGUCUACAAAGCUAUUGCUGGAGACAAAUAGUUGAUUUUCUUGGAGCACUCCAGCUUCCCUGGUACGGCAGGCAACAAACUAGGUCAAGGGAGCACAUAAUAGCCUUCAAGAAUUUGAAUUCCAUGAUGAUUGACCUUGUGAACUUCACAGACAAUCUUCCUGGUCCGGGAAUCGAUCUGAGGAAGAUGACAAGAGAGACAUUGGGUCCAAUCAUUGAUAAUUUAUAUAUCAGGGGUCAGCCGUUGGAGCAAAAUGGGUCAUUGGCCUAUGAAUGCUUGGGUUAUCUUAUGAGAAAUGGUGGAAUUAGAGGCUGCAGCAUCUUACCUCACUUCAUAAGCACUAUAUCAAGCGAAUACUUGAAAAUAUUUAUACGCGACGAGUCCUUCCUACCAGAACUCAAGUACUAUGCCGAAACAUUACCGGAAUCCAGAGAAGAAGGCGUCAUGGAGAAAUAUGUCUGGAAGAAACUCCCCGCCACAUUCGGUGAAUUGGAAGGAUCUGAAAUACGAUUUCACAUUGCUAGUGGACUACCUGUUGAGAAUGUUGAAAAAGACUACAGAAUCUUGCUUUCCCGUCGAACGGAGGAAAACCUUGAUGAAUACGAGGGUAUCUUUGGACAUCAUGACAUUGAGCUCGACGAAGAUGAGCUAAUGGAUAUUUAUGGACCGAUUCGAGACGGCUGGGGACCUGAUAUCCUAACACCCUGGGAUGCUGAUGAACAUAGUGGUCCAGAUGCUCGGAUAUGUUCCAACUGUAGCAAUAUGUAUGGCUAUUGUAAUUCGGAACCGGACACGCGUAUCUCGCUGGAGCGAGAUGGACACCGUGGAGCUGAAAAUGGAUUCGCCAGGGAGAUGAUCGGUUAA